ACCCUCUGAGGCUGAGAGAGUGUGGCUUAGACUGGGUUUCCAUUGAUCCUGAGGGGGAACCAUCAUGGUGUUUUCCUGACAAGGUUUCUUCCCAGAGGGGUUUGCCAUGGCCUUCCUCUGAGGCUGAGAGACUUGUGUGGCUUCCCUAUUAGGGUCACCCAAAACGGGUUGACAUGACCAAGAAAAUGCUCUGACAUGGCUGUGCAGUGCAAGACUCAGACCUUGCAGGUGGUCAACACAGAAUACAGUGCUGAUGCUGUGGAAUGGUGCCCUGUGGAUGGCUGGCACAGCAUCCUUGCAUGUGGCACCUACCAGCUGAAGAAACCUUCCAGCAAGCCUGGUGAAAGCCCUGAUGAAAACAAUGAGCCUCAUGUGCGUCUGGGCCGCCUAUAUGUCUACUACUUUGAAGAACAACCUUUCGCACCAUUGACUGAGGUCCAAAGGCUGGAAAUGGCUGCUGUACUGGACAUUAAAUGGUGCCAUGCUCCUAUUGCAGAGCAUCCUGUUCUAGGCAUUGCAAAUGCCAAGGGAGCAGUGGAGCUCUCCCACUUGAUAGGACGUGAGAAAAAGAGCUGCAGACUGGAAACGCUGUGCAGUGUUAACCUGGGAGAUGAAUGCCUUGCUUUGUCUCUGGACUGGUCCACAGGACGGGAGCAACGAGGCCGCCCUCUACAACUGGUCAGCAGUGAUUCCAAAGGGAGGCUGAGCUUGCUGUCCAUUGACGAAUCUGCUCCAUCUGUAUACAUCUUGGAACAAUGGAAGGCACAUGACUUUGAGGCCUGGAUUGCUGCAUUUAACUACUGGAAUACAAGUAUUAUGUAUUCAGGGGGAGAUGACUGCAAGUUACGAGGCUGGGACACCCGAAGUAGCCCAAGGGCUCCUAUCUUCAAUAGUGAGGGGCAUUCAAUGGGUGUGUGCAGUAUCCAGUGCCACCCGCUCCAGGAGAAUCUGCUGGCCACAGGAAGCUAUGAUGAACAUGUCCUUCUCUGGGACACCCGGAAUAUGAAGCAACCAUUGGCAGACACCCAUGUGCAGGGCGGAGUUUGGAGGUUAAAAUGGCAUCCAAAACAGAAGCAUUUACUGCUGGCAGCCUGCAUGGAUAAUGGCUUCAAAAUCCUUGAUUGCCAAGGCAGCAUGGUGGAGAACAAAGAGAAAUGCGCUAUUCUUUCAUCCUACAUCUUGCACAACUCCUUGGCCUAUGGAGCGGACUGGUCAAGACUCCUCCUGAGGGAUCCCUUGGUGCUGUCUACAGCAAUGCCGGUAGUUCAUAUGGAUCAAGGCGAUGGAACUGUGGACCUUAAAGUGCAGAACCUCAAGAUAGUUUACGAAUCCCCCACCGCCACUUUUGAUGUGCUACUAGAUGAGGAGGAUCAUACAUCGGUGUCCUCAGUCCAAGCAGAAGGAAGCAGCAACCUGGAGGGAUCAAGUGUCGACGGGAAAGGGUCAGGCACCAAAGCAUGUGGCGAAACUGGGUCAUGUAAAGCCCACAAAGAGACCAGCCUUCUGGCCACAUGUUCCUUUUACGACAGUGCCCUACAUGUGUGGAAAUGGCAAACUAGCCAGGCUGCUACCCCAUUGUCCUGAAUGUACUAUCAGUAUUGAUUUAGGUUGCCACUUUAUCAGCCUUUCUUUUUGGCAGACCUUUUAAGCACUGGAGGGAAAGGUAGGUGCUGAGUGGCGUUGGGGCCAUCCCAGGUCGAAAUUAAUUCCUAAGCCAGGUUUCCAGCUUUACUCCUCUUUUUUGUUGGCGUGUAUAUUCAAAGUGUGAACUUUUAUUCAGAAUUUGAGAAAGUACUAAGGGUAUUUGGGUAGAGUUUCCCCUCUUCUUGCUUUUUGGCUUUCUUUAUGUCUUACAGAUUAUAAUUACUACAUUUUAGCUGCUCUGCUGCCUUCUAAUUAAUAAUUUCAUUUCCACUAAAUAAUAAUAAGUAAUAAAUACAUUAUUUAUUUAUUUCCCACCCAAUCAUGAAGAGCAGUAAGUAAAAUACAUCACAAUAACAAUAGAAUAAAAAUAACAUAACAAAUUACGAUAACAGCAAGAAGAAUGCAUAGCAAAUAACAAUAAUAAAAACUGCAUAACAAUUAACAGAUCAUGUCAAUACAGUUCAAAAUUAAUCCCCAGAAUACAUAGCAAAUAACAAUAACAAAAAUAACAACAAAUCAUAAUAGCAAUAAAUAGCAAAAAACUGACAAUGUCUAACUCUCUCCUGGCAGCAGAAAGACAACCCUUUCUGUUGGGCCUAGGGAGAUGGGCGGCUGGUGUAGGGAGAUGGGACCCACUUCCUGAGGUCUCUAACAGACGGAUGAGAUGAUGCUGAGCGUUAAGCAAUGCUUGUGAGAAUUGGGUGUUUCUUGCAUAAGUUUCCUUAAGAAUAUAACACUGGCAUUGCAACUGCAGGCAUUCUUGGUACCAACACUCUGCCCCAUUCCUAGCCGGGUUUGAGCCUGGCCCCCAGCCCGCUGGUGUUAUCCGGCUGGCCGC